AUGAUUCUGGGGAAUGCCGAGCGCAGCGGCGACGGGAAGAGUCCCAGUCGGUUCACACACGACGUUGCUGUGAUGUUGUCCGCACGGGGUCUCGUCACUCCAACAAGGAGUCCAAGACCACGUCGUGUCACGAGACUCCACCGCGUCGCCGUCGAUGCGGACCGGAUCCUGAUGCCAUCACGUGGCGGCGAGUUGUUUAUAGUUAGGGCCACCGCGCUGCGCCCCCAUGGCAGUGUGCCAGCGCUUGCCUCUUGCCGCGAGAACAUCCCGAUGAGGGCUGACAAACAGUAUGGGUGGGAAAGGUAG